ACUACAUUGCAAACUGAUGAAGUGAAAAAUGUGCCUUGUGGGACGAGUGGUGGGGUUAUGAUCUACAUUGAUCGAAUAGAAGUUGUGAAUAUGUUAGCUCCAUAUGCAGAAUCUGAUUCUACUUACGGGGUCACAUGUCCCUCCAGGCUGGAAUUUUCCAGCCCUGGUCUUUAUAGCAAUGAAUGAGAAGAUUGACUGCCUGUCCAUGGGAAAACGAAAUCCUCUGGACUUGGCCAAAUCAAAGCUGAUGUUUCAAAGAGCCUUUACUCAGAAGAACUUGCUUUGUUAAGUUUGGAAAGGGGACAGAAAACUGCAAAAGCGAGUACGUGCAACAAAAUUCACAGCCAGCUAGUGUAUGACAUUGUGAAGAACUACACUGCAGACUAUGAUAAGACCCUCAUCUUCAAUAAAAUUCACCAUGAGCUGAAUCAGUUCUGCAGUGCCCACACUCUCCAGGAAGUGUACAUUGAGCUGUUUGAUCAGAUAGAUGAGAAUUUGAAGUUGGCCUUACAGAAAGAUCUCAAUGUCAUGGCACCAGGUCUCACCAUCCAGGCUGUGCGUGUUACAAAGCCCAAAAUCCCUGAGGCCAUCCGAAGAAAUUUUGAGCUAAUGGAAGCUGAGAAGACCAAACUGCUCAUAGCAGUCCAGAAGCAAAAAGUUGUGGAGAAGGAGGCAGAGACGGAGAGGAAAAAGGCUCUCAUAGAGGCAGAGAAGGCUGCUCAGGUGUCCAAGAUUCAUUAUCAGCAGAAAAUCAUGGAAAAAGAGACGGAGAAGCGUAUUUCUGAGAUUGAAGAUGCUGCUUUCCUAGCAAGAGAGAAGGCGAAGGCUGAUGCAGAUUAUUACACUGCUCAGAAAGUGGCAGACUCCAACAAGCUGAAACUCACGCCGGCAUAUCUGGAGCUCGUGAAAUAUCAAGCCAUUGCUGCAAACAGUAAGCUGUAUUUUGGUGACAGCAUCCCCAGCAUGUUUCUGGAUUCCUGUACUUUCAAACAUGUGUGGCAGAGGACUGCACAAGACCCCAGCCUGCCCUUGAAAGAGGCCACAGAACCCUGUGGGGAAAGCUGCCUCGAAAAUGAAGAGAAUGCAGGCUGAUGGAAGAAGUGGAGAGACUUCAGCUGAACAAGAGCUGGAAGAAGAGGAUGCCUGGUCUACACAGAUGUCCUGCCCAGCUGUGCUACAGGGACAGUGCCUGCCAUUCUGCUCUGUGCCAAUGGGAGAGACGCAGUGUGUGCACAGGCAUCCUGAACGUACCCGGCAAUUGGGUUGAUUUUGUUUUAGCAGCAAAUGUUUCAAGCUCUCUGCCUUUCCCUCUUCUCUCUUCCUAUUUUAAGCUGGUGCUUCCAAAUGAGGGAUGAUCCUGUACUAAACGUACCUAUACUGGAAUAUUAAAGGAUAGGAGCCAGGAAAGCCUACCCUGCAGGAGGUGGUUUGUUAGAAAGCAUGCGUCCUCAUUCCUCUAGGGGCAGGAGGUUUGGCCUUCUGGAGCCCUGUUUGAGUGCAAGGGUCAUUCUGCUGCUUAUUUUUGAGGCUGGACUGACACAAUGCUGCCUCUGGCUGGUCACUGACAGGAGAACCAGUUGCUGAGGCUUCAGGUUGGGAAAUGUGACUGAAGGGGGUGGGGGUCCCGACUGUCUCUGCACAUCUGUCUCACCUCUGGUGCUGUGCUCCAGCUGGAUGUUUCAUUGCUGCCUGUAAAAUGUUGAUCUCUAUCCAGCCAAGCCAUGCUUUGCUGUGUGCUCCUGUUUGACUCUUCAGAAGCCACCUGCUGGAGUCCUAGCUGGGACAGCUUUGGUUUGAGAGACUUUUUAUUAGAACAUAUGUAAUAGAUCCUCGGAAAGGUUUAAUCUUUUCCUCUAGGUGUGUAGUGAAACGCUAAUUCAUUUGAACUUGACACUAGUUUGUCACUAAUGGGCUUCCAUUACUCUCCCCUGUUGAGAGUAAGAACCCCUGCUGGCUUUACUGAGGCUUUUUGCCCUUGGAAACUUUCUCCCUAGCUAUCCUAUUUGCUGUGGGGAGAGCACAUUGCCCUUUGGGGCUCUACAGAUUGCUUUUCUCCCCAUGCUCUGAUGGGUUGAAGGGUGCCAAGUAGAUGGCAUUAACUGCUGGAAGCUGGAGGACAGAGCUUUGAAAUCUGUUUCUGAUCACAUGUGCCUCUGCUGGUCCUCCCACCUCUGGAGGACUGCCAUCUCUCCACUCAGAUGCAGAGAAGGAGAGGGAGGGCAGAUGCAGAAAGCCUGGAGCAGCACAGAGCAUGCAGAGGGACUCAGCUGGCUAUCCUGAUGCCCACUUCUCAAAGGGAUGCCGGAAUAGUUUAGUCUUCGUUCUGCUUCUCAGGCAAGAACAAGCACUCCUGGCCUUUGCCUGCUCUCUGGCCAAUGCCAGAGCCUGACCUCAGCUGUUCCACCCAGCUGACCCCAUUCUGCAGCAGAGUGGGAGAAUUGGGCAUCUGAGCCAUAGUGCCCCAAGGCACCACAUCCUCCCUUCAGAACUGGAAUAUUUCUGUUUCCAGACAGCCAGGGGGGAUGGUGGAAUUAAGAGAUUUGUGUGUCAUUCAAAACACGUUUUCCCACUGAUGAACUGUUUGGCCAGAGAAUCUUUUAACUUGCUCCAGUUGUAGGCAGAGCCACACCACACCUCUGGGUGCUGAUGUUUGCAGAACAGUAAGGGAGGCUGCUCGCUACACCUGCUCUCUGCCUUCUAUGCACCAUCAGAGGCUGGGAGAAGACAGGCGUGUAGCAAAGGGAGUUUGUUUCUAGGUAUGGUGUCUGGCAGGGCCUCCUCUCCUUGCCCUCUGCCUUGUUGUUUUUUGGUAUUUAUCUUGCUGUCUUGCCUGCAGUUGCUUUCUUGGUGAUUCUUAUAACCUCUAGCUGGCAGGAGGAGACGAGUGUGAGGUGAAUACCAUGGAAGCAUAAGAGCACUAGCACUCUUUGCCUCCAAACCAACUGUGACAGGAUGGGAGAAAAGCAGCCCAGAGCCUAUACAUUGAUCCCCACCUAUUACCUCUGUGUGGAGCCCUCUUCCAGCUGGCUGUAGCUGUCUGCCUUGUAGCACUGCUCCCUAUCAAGGUUACCUGUAGAGCUUCCUAGGGUAGGUGUUGAUCUACUUCUUAAACUCAAGUCCUGUCUUCCCUUCUACCCUGGCAGUUUGGGGAGCAGACAUCCCCAGGGAGGAAGUGCUUGGUCAUCUUUCUUUCUUGUAGAUCCCAAGUAAUAAAAUCUUGCUUUGUUCUCUGCCGUAUUCAGUCCAAAGGUCAAAUCCAAAAAUCUCUCCAGCACGCUGUCUUGAAAGAGACCUGUCCUCGUUCUCUUGACUAGUUAGAAGGAGGAUGGGUGACAGGAUUAGCGCAGUCCCUGCUGCAGACUUUGAUUAAAGGUGCCUUAUCGUGUGUAACAGUUCCUCUUUUCCUGUGGCAAUGCCAUCCACACAUGGGGAGUGGAGGUUGGGCUGCUCAGUUUUAACUGUACUCCUAUCAGAGCAGCUUGCCUGCAAUUAGGCCUGAGGCUUAGAGCUUUUGUAGGCUCCUUGCUCCUGGCCUUUGAAUUUCAUGCAACAAAAUGCUUACUCUGUCCUAGCACUGCUCCCAUGCAUCUUCCCAGGGUCACUGCUGCUGCCUACCCUCAGGCACAGAGAACCCCUCCUGCAGCUUUCUUCAGGCUCCACUCUGCAGCUGAGUGUUGAUCUCCAUCUGCUGCCCACUACCCCACAGCUGCUCUGCUUUUGCUUUCGAGUUUCAGCCAGAGUUGUCUCCUGCAGCUCGUUCUUCCUGGGGCAGGCAUUCUCAUAGGAAUGUAUAGACUAUUUCAAAGGCCUGAUGCUGUUGCUUUGUCCUCUCCCAGACCUCUCAUGUUCUUUCUCUGAACUGUGCUGUCAGGAUUACUAUAUGCCAUUCUUGGGUUUUUUGGGUUGGUUUGGUUUUUUGUUUUGGUUUGGUUUUUUUUGGUUUUUUUUUGGGGGGGGGGUUGUUUGUUUUCUGUAGCCAGAGAAUUGUGUCUCCGAGAUACUGUCAUUCAAGCGGCCUGGAUGCAGAAUGGCUUGUGAUCUUGUUCCUGUUUGGUUUGCAGAGCUCCUAGAGCCCAGCCAAACUGGGAGCCCAGGAGCAUCUAGCUGUGCAAGUGCAGAACCACCAUCCAGUUCCCUGGGGCCAAGCAGCAGCAGAAAUUGCAUCUCUUCACCUGAUUGGGAGUUUGCAGUCAGUGGAGAAUACACCAUAUUUUGGGGAGGUCCUUAGAGAGCAGUUCUAGGACUUGGGGGAGAAUUCCCUUCAGAAUGUAUUACGAUGUAGGAGAGAUCCUGUCCAGGGGCGAUGCAUAGGGCUGCAUGUGGGUGCACGUGCACCCCCUGCAUGUGGCGGGGCAACCCCUGCAAAAAAGCGCCACCGACACUGUCACCGGCGCCUGCAGGCAGACGCCGCUCACCACCCUGUGAUCCAGGCAGUCCGUGAUCACCCCUGGCCGCUGCCACUGCUGGCCUGCAGGUGGUUGUCGACAGUGCCGGCGAUGUCUGCAGGAGCUCCCCAGGGGCACGUGCCAUUCAUGAUCCUGUCCCAGGCCCUAUUGUUGUCUCAACCUUUAUAUUCCUCUUGGCUUGUGCCCUCUUUUUGUCUGUAUUUGUGAGUUUGCGCAUCUACAUCCUGGCUACCAAAAGCUCACUUAUUCUGCUGCCAAAGGUCUACUGGCAUGUAAAAUGUCAUGGUGUCUGUAGGUAGCUGUAGGAUCUCCUCCCAGUAUACACAGUGGGAGGAAGAAUGAAGGGAUGGGAGGAAAGCAUGGACUAGCCAGCAGUCAAUGGAAGUGGCGUUGGCAGAGCCAAGGUGGAGUGUUGGAUCCAACAUGUGUAAGAUAAUGGGUCAGAGAGGGAAAGCCCUAAAAUGGCCUGAACAGCAAGGUCAAGACCUUUGUUAGAUAGGGCAGAGAGAGACAUGGGGGUGAGAUGGAGGUAAAUGGAAGAGCUGGGAGGUGCAAUUUAC